GCAGCGGUCGAAUACACAACGCCGAAAAAAAAAAAUAUUCAAACCGACGUGUCCGCUCGUCUGCUCUACGCUCACCCCGCGCAUUGCGUAUCGACGUCGGAUUGAUUUUGCUUGUUUUUCUCUCGUUCCAUACGUUCUCCGUUUGAGCCUGCGAAGGACGGGAGCGAGAACAGGACUCGGCGAUAUCCUCUCCGCUGCGUGUCUCUCCCUGUGUGCAGCACAUACCGCACACACCGCCCUACACGGUGACCGCAACCACGCGAGCUCGAAGCCGCACACACAGACACACGCACACGCAUACGCAGCCAUUUGACGCAGCCAUGGAUCCAUACUCAGCAGAAGGAGAGCUCGUCAACAUCCACAACGCCUACCACCAAGGCCAGUACCAGCACGUCGUCGACUUCGACACCUCCUCCUUCUCGCCCGAAAACGAAGCGCCCGCCCAGCUGCUCAAGCUGCGCGCCCUCGUCGCGCUCGGCCGCUACGACGACGUGCUCGCCACCGCCGCCGCCGCCAAGGGCGCCGCCAACAAGUCGCCCGACCUCGCCGCUGCUGCCCUGCUGGCGGGAUACCUGAAGGGAGACGAGAGCGCGGUCGAGAAGGCCAAGGCGCUGGCGGAGAAGGAGGCCGACGCGCUCGGCGUCCAGAUCCUGAUCGGCACCCUGCUGGCGAGGGCCGGUCUCGUCGAGGAGGCGCUGGCUUUGCUGGCGAAGCAUCAGGGUAGCCUGGACGCCGUCGCCUUGAUCGUGCAGAUACAUCUCCAGCAGAACAGGCUCGACCUGGCCAAGAAGGAGGCUGCGAACGCAAGGAAAUGGGCCCAGGACAGCCUGCUGGUCAACAUUGCCGAGUCGUGGGUCGGCAUGAGAGAGGGCGGCGAAAAGUACCAGGCUGCAUACUACGUCUUCGAGGAGCUUGCCCAGUCGAGCGCAACCCAGUCGGUGCAGUCUCUCGUCUCCCAGGCCGUCGCCGAGCUGCAUCUCGGACGCCUGGAAGAGGCUGAGGCCGCGCUCAAGCAGGCGCAGCAGCUGGACCCGCACGACUCGGAAGUGCUUGCCAACCUCCUGGUGCUGAACACGAUCCAGGGCAAGCCGUACGACGAGGCGAAGAAGAGCCUGGAAGAGGCGAAGAAGGACCACCAGCUGCUUGUGGACUUUAAGGCGCGAGAGGAGGAGUUUGCAAAGGCGAUGGAAAAGUACAGUCCCAAGUUUGAGCCCUGAUGGAACUCACCGUCUCCCAACCCAUUUUCACCCCUUGGAGAUUUUUUUUUUCCCCUUACCUUACAUGAAGAUGAAUUAAACACAACCUAGUAAGCGCGCCGCAGCCCGUUGUGACGGGAGUGGGAUGGGAAGGGAAGAACUUGGCUUUCUUUUUAUUUGUUUUAUUUUGGUCUGGGUGUACAUUUGACGCCCGGGACGAGGCACGACUUGCUGCCUUGCAAAAAAGCAUAAGGUAUUUAGACACGAGGCUGGAAUUGAUAACUACGAACUUUGACACGGACACCCAACAUAUACACACACAUAUA